AAUUGACCAAAAAGAACAAUUUUUUGACGGUGAAUUUUUGCUCUACAACCGGCGUUUGAACAACAACAACAAGUCGACUACAUUGUUAACCUGCACACUAUUCAUUAUGCCUAAUGAAAGGGUUUGCAGAUAAGAUGACGGAUCAUCAGGCAUUGACAAACACGACAAUCACGCCUACUACUACUACCAUGGGUCUACAAGCGCAUCCUUGCAGCAACAAGCGGACAAUCGAAGGAUUGGAAGAACCGGCCGGACGGGCCCAGCAGCAUCAUUAUAAUAAUAAUAAUCACCAGCAACAACACCACCAACAACACCAACUACACAGCGGUCCAAGGGCGGCCAAACAGCAAUGCACCAUACGAGUUGGAGUCGAAGCUCCGGAUCAUUUAGCUCACACGUUGGUACCCGGCAACUGCGCCUCUGGAACGGAAUCGCUGCCCAACAACAACAACAAUUGGUAUCGAGACGUCCAGCAGCAGCCAACCGCUCCUGAUUAUGAAACGUACGUCAAUGGCUUCAACGCGGCCGAAGUCCGGGCUUCAACUCCGUACUCUGCAUCGAGCAACAACACGUACUACUCGACUGGGACGUCGACUCACUCCACCGAAAAUGUGGCCGUCCCUGCGGUCGAAUAUUCCUACGCCAACAACAACAACAACGGUUCCAACAACGAGGUCCAGUACUCGAGCCAAAAUGUUUAUCAGAACCUGACGUCCAUGCUGCCCGUCGCCAAUGGAGGCGGAGAGUCGCUGGCGGAUCGAUUCGAGCGAGUCUGCAGCAGCCCUCGUCCCUACGUCCAGUACAGCGGCCGGGAAGAGCCAGCUGGAUAUCAUUACGGCAGCAACGAGUCCGUCAGGUCAGAUGAACGUUACUGGACUUUUGGCUACACGUCGACCUGCCCCAAAAAGACUGGCGCUGGAUACGCCAAAUGCAACAACUACAACGGCGGCUACGGCGAAAACGGAUUCAAACCGACUGCCAACGGUUACCAGCAACAACAGUUGACUACCGGAGGUAGUGGGCAGACAAUCCAGCGGGAUGAAAAUGGCAAAUCCUAUUUAGAAUUGGGUGCCAAAGCGGCGGUCCAGCCAGAGUGGGUGCGUCCGCAAAUGUGGAAUCAAGCUGCCAGCCAACAUCAGCAACAACAACAACAGCAACAACAACAUUACGGUGGUGCUCCGGCUGUCAAAUCUUGUUCCAAAUGCGGCCACGUCCUUAUGAAUCCGCGAUCUCUACCCCAGCCGUGCUAUCGGCAUCAACGACUCUCAGUCCUCUCUCUCUCCAUGCUCAAACUCAACCGAUACCGGCAGUGCUCCGACCCGAGCCUCCAUCGGUCCGUUCUCAUUUGCAACACGUUGCGGCACAUUGAGGAUGAGAUGGAAAGGGAAGGAUUGGUCUGCAAUCCAUCUGCGGAGACGACGACGACAGUAGCUAACAAUUCGGCAACCAGCAACUGUGAUACGUGUUGUUGCUCUCAUUGCGGUACCGUCUUCAACAACACUGCGGCGGCGGCCAAGCCCGACAACACACCUCCGACCAUCUACAACAACACCACGACGACUAAUAGCAGCAAUGUCUACGAGAACAACACAACGUCGUCGUCGUCGGAAACGAAUUUCGUCAGCGACUAUGGGGCGACGACGAAUAGUCAGAGCAAAUCGAAUUCGGUGGUCAAUGCGGAUGAGGACGAUUCCGGAUUCGGCGAUGAAGACAGUCGAGACAUUGACUGGAGUUCCGUUUUUAGCAUGUCGACUGCGUCGGGGUUUGACGUGUCGGCCGCUGGUAAUUCCAACGCCAGUUCGUCGUCUGAUUCAUAUUUGUGCGAUUCAAACUCUUCGGAUCCGUCUCUGUUUGCUGGUGCAUCCGGUCCUGAACUUGUGAGCGAAUUGGGACUCGCCAACUGGAAGAGUAGCCAUUGUGGUUCGGCUACUAGCGGCCAUAGUGGCGUCGGUUCGUCUUGGACUAGUGAUUCUUCUUCUUCUUCUGACUUUUCGGGUGUGAGAUGGAAAAGUGAAUUGGGCGACGAACUGGAAGGCUUCGUCCACAUCUUGGUCGGUUCCUAGUAUUUCUUCUUGGCGCACGCUCUCUCUCUCUCUCUCUCUUCCACACGUUGCUCUCUCGAUUACAGUGAAAAAACUUCCAUUUGCUCAAGUGAACCAGAGAGAGAGAGAGAUGAUUCUUCAAUGAAAUCAUGUUCCGACAUACAGACAUACACCAAUAAAUGCUUUUGAAAGCAACAAACUACCCAAUUUCAGCCCUAGACAAAUCACGGACAGCUCCUCCUACUUGAGGUUAUCCUCCGAUCUGUUAUGUGUACAUAACGUGUACAAAAUAAAUUGUGUUGUAUCGAAAAUAAAUGUUCAUCAUAUUAUGUAACCAA